AUGCAACGCUGGUCAGUCCCUUCAGGAUCAGAAUACAAUGGCUUCCAGCCACAAUUUAACCUGGACUUUGGGAACCUGUACGCAAAGCUGCGCUCGGACUUCGGCCCUGCUGCUCUGUCGAAAGCCAGCGAACUGGCAGAUAUAGAGAAGGAAAUUGAGGACUGUGAUGCGGAACUCCUUUGGCUACAAUCUCAUAUCACGUUCCUCCGUAAUCAUCGUCGACAUCUGGGCGAGUACAAGCAAUGUUUACAUUCCUUAAUGUCCCCAAUUCGAAAACUUCCCAAUGAACUUACCCUUCGCAUCUUUGACUACACGUGUGGCAUAAAUGACCUCACAUCGGGAAAACUCAAAGCCAUGCCUGCAUUGAAUAUCAGUUGUGUCUGUUCAAAUUGGCGGAACCUUGCCAAAGCUUCCCCUCAGCUUUGGUCUCGUAUACGCAUUAAUCUGACGAUGAUGCACAUUGAUAGGCAAGGAUUCGACUUGCUUCAUAUGUAUCUUGUUUCAUCGCAGCAGUUCCCACUUAGUUUCGAAAUCUUGGGCGAAAAGCUCGAAACACUCGAGCCACGUCAGGCAGCCUUAUGUGCUAUCGUUGGUGCAUGCAGUGAUCGAUGGAAAGAGCUUACAGUGUCUCAACCAACUUUUUUCAAAGUUCUAACGGCUCAGAAUCCUACCAACUUCCCUGUACUCGAGGAGCUCAGUAUUUCAAGCUUUGCUUUCCGCUUACCAGGAAGCUUAGACCGCUUUCAGUAUGCUCCAAAAUUACAUUCGUUGUCAAUCUUGACCUUUCCUUUGGCCAAGCUCCCGAAAUCACAUUUCCCCUGGAAUCAGCUUAAUAUUCUGACUAUCUGCUCAUACUCAGAAGAAGUGAAAUUUCUUCUAGAUGUGUCUUCUGAUCUGACAGAAUUGCACUUUUGCGAGUGGGCGGAUGGAUGGUUCAAACAAACUUCAUCUCCGAUACUUGCCUCCAGUGUUCAAACACUGUUGCUAACUGUCGCUGCACAAACACAGCCUGGAUCCGAGAGCUUGGUGGACGUGAUCUUUGCUUCCACGACAUGCCCAGCUUUGACGUCGUUGUAUAUCGAUCGCGCCGAUGUCGAAGACAUAUAUGAGCGACCUUGGCCGCAGGGAAAUGUACUAGGCUUCUUGAAUCGUUCAUCGUGCAACUUGUCUACCCUUUCCAUAAAGUCUGUUCCACUGUCAGACCUGGAUCUGAUCGAUAUCCUCGCUCGCCUUCCUUCACUCAGUCACCUCACUGUUGACGAUACUGGUGUCAGCUACAAUGCCAACGGACCUAUCACCUCGCAACUAAUACAGAGUCUCCACGCAUUCCGCUACAAUGGCAAGAGUCUUACUUCCUCGAUUUUAGUUCCCCAACUGCAGAGCCUCUCUCUAGUGUGUAGUGCUUCCACUGGCAUCAGUGAUUCGGACAUCAUGGAAGUGGUGUCAUCGCGGCUGUAUACAGUGUUGUUACAUUUCCCUAAUCGAGAUGUUCCCGGAGAAUUUUAUUCUUCGAUGAAGCAUCUUGAGAAGGCCGGGCUGAGGGCAGUCGUGAUCGCUCAAGGUCGGGUUCUCAGUUAA